AUGGUAGCCCAGAUCCAACAUCCACCAUACCCCCUUCACCCAAGCGUCAAGGAUCGACUCCAUCCCGACUAUGUGGCGUUCUACAACAAGUACCUGUUAAACCAGCAGCCCGUCCAUUAUCAAGCCAUUGCUAUCUCUAGAUGUAGUGGGAAGGUCAUUCCUACCAACACCGAGCCACUGCCCGUGGGUAUGACUCAAGAUAUCUCCAUAUCCCGGCAGGAUACCUGCGGUCCUAACAUAUCCAUCCGAUGCUUCACCCCGCAAGGAUGCCCACCCAGCUCGGGUUGGCCGCUCGUGCUUUAUUUCCACGGUGGAGGGUGGGUUUUUGGGGAUAUCAACACCGAAAAUACCAUCUGCACCAAUAUAUGUGUUCGAGCAAAGGCCGUGGUGAUCACAACUGACUACAGGCUCGCCCCGGAGGAACCAUGGCCGGCAGCAAUCCAUGAUUCAUGGGAAGCAUUCCUUUGGGCGACGUCAUAUGGAGGGAGUCUUCUCAACCUGGAUCUUACCAGAACUGCCAUGGUGGGGUCAUCUGCUGGAGCAAAUAUCGCCGCCGUGAUCGUCCAGAAUGCGGUGCUUCGACCUCAGUUGGGUGUCUCGCUUUGUUCGCAAUUCUUGGUCGUACCUGUGACAGACAACACGGCCUCUCCGUGUUCCAGCCCCACUUGGAAAGCGUUUGAGUUUACGGCUGGUCUUCCGGCGAAGAAGAUGCUUUGGUAUCGCAACCAUUACCUACCCAAUCAGGCCGACUGGUCGCACAGGGAAGCCUCACCUCUUUUGGCCUCGGAUGAAAUUUUCGCACGGCUGCCACCCGCAAAUAUUAUCGUUGGCGAGUUGGAUGUAUUGAGACAUGAUGGGGAAGAGUAUGCCAGAAAACUGAGAAAGAAUGGGGUUGAAGCCAAAGUGACUGUGAUGGAGGGAAUGCCACAUCCUUUUUUGGCGAUGGACGCUGUUCUUGAGGCUGGAAAAAGGGCUAUUACAAUCAUUUGCGAAGAACUGGAUCAGGUAUUCUCUUGA